GCAGUUACACAUAUGUACGUAUAAUUCAAAUAUACAAUUAAUAGUAUUAUGAAGUUGUGUGAUAAAGAUGGAAUAUCGUUGUGUUAAUGGGAGGUCACAAGUAAGAAAGGAACAAGAAUAAAAACUUUUUGUCGCCAGUAAAUAAUUAACCAUUGUAGGAAAUUAAUAAUCGACAUAACUAGCAAACUCAGAUUCAGUGGUUGAAUUGGUGAGGCGCCUAGAGUGUAGGGAGGUCCAGGGUAAAGAACAAACCUGUUUCCAUGUAGUGCGUCAAGUUUGAUGAACGUCACUUGAAAUACUGGCCUAAGGCUGUAUAGUAUAUGGGAUUUGUGUAUGGGGUGAGUAUCGUCGGUGAUGAUUACAAACUGUAUCAAACGUCAAAGGCCAGUUAAAGGGAGCGUCGUGGAUCCAGCAGUGUCGCACGAUUCGCAGGAUAUGCAGAUGAGGGUUGCAUGAUUCAUUGUUGUCGCGAGAAAAAUGGUUCGCACCGACUGGGACCGGAUACUAUCCGUAAACGCGUCGUCUUUAACAGACGAAGAGAUCGAGGAUCUUUUUCCUACGGUGGUCCGAUGCGACGUGGACGAGAUCGCCGACAUACAUGGUCUGCGGACGCUCGUAAGACUGUCGCAAGAAAUGUUGACUUACAAGGAUAAUCAAGUCGAAGCUCUGCUUCUCGAGUGUGGCGAGUUGAAAGAAACGAUUGCUUCGUUGCGUCCAGAGACUGCCAAGCGAAAGCUCAAAGAUCGUGGCGCAGUGAAACAAGAAAACGAUGGGUUUGCUAGGGAUACGGAUUUGAGAGGACAUUCAGACUCACAAGACAAAAGUAAAAAAGUUAAGACACUUAUGGCCGAAUUGGAGAAUUUGGACAAAGAGAACGAGAUUCUUAAGGAACAGUUAACAACAUUGAGAGACGAGAUGGAGGAUGCAACAGAGAAAAUGAACGAAAUGACAGAAGAACUUUGUUCGGCCCAAGUAAAAACUGUGGAAUACAAAGAAAAGAUACUGAAAUUGGAGCAAGAAAAUGCAGCUUUGGUUAUACAAAUUGAAGAAGUAACAGCGCAACAAAUAGACAGAGAUAAAAUGUUGGAUGAAUUUGGUGUAGCUAUUGAUGCUAGAAUAACUGAAUGGAAGGGAGUGUUGGAUGAGAAAGAUAUGGAGAUAGCACGUUUGAAAGAAAGCUUGUCGCAUUCUUUAAUGCAAUCGGUUACAUCAGCCAAGGAAGAAAAUAAAACGCACAUCACUCAUCUAAACGACGAAGUAGCUCGUAGAGACGCAAUUAUAGCCGAAUUGCAAACUAAACUUUCUGAAGCAGUUGUUGAAAUAAACGAAAGUGCUGCACUUAUUGAAAAAUUGAAAGGAGACGCACACGAGUCUGUAAAAGGCGAUAAACGAAAAGAACAAAAAAGUUUGUUGAAAAAGAUACAAAUUGCAAAUGAAAAGAUCUCUAAGUUGGAAAAUGCAUUGUCACAAGCGCAGGAUGAUGCCACAUCACAGAGUAGUAAAUUAUGCGAAGCAUUAUCUACAUUAAAAAAAUAUGAAGAUGGAAAUCAGGCUUUAGCUAAAGCAUUGAACGAAAUUAAAGAAUUAAAAAUUAAAAUUGAUCACAAAAAUGAACAUAUUGAAGAUUUAACCAAUGUUAUUAAUAAAUUGGAGAUGUUAAAUUCAUAUCAAGAAAUGGAGAUCUUAACUCUUAGAGAAAAAUUAGGGAUUCCAGAAGAUGAAUCCAUAUCGAUUGAAAGUGUUGUAGCAAAACGUAAAGAAGAAUCAAAGAAAAUAGAAGAGCUUAUUCGGCAGAAUAAAAAUCUUGUAGAGGAAAAUUUAGAAUUAAAAUCAGAUAUGAGAGUAUUAAAAUAUAAAUUGAGCAAGUCUGAGAAGAUAAUAGAUAUUUCAGACAACUUAGAUGAUUAUAGUAAUCAGUUUUUACAUUCGACUAAAUUAAUCGAGUCAGAAAAUAUACAUCUAUCUUCCAAAACUGAUAUUUCUGAAGUUAAUCAAAGUAUACAGAUACUCAUAGAAGAAAAUGAGGCACUUAGGACGGGCAUGCAUGAAAUUAUGGACAGUAUACGCAAUCAAGAUGGUAAGAGUGAAGUGGAAAUACAAUCCAGUACAUUGGAACGGUUAUUAGAAGCUUUGGACGUUAGGCAUUUAGCUGGUUGGUAUCAUCCAGCUAUGAGAUUGCAAGAACAUCUUAAUGUAAUACAGGGUAGUAAUGCCGAAUUGAGGUCACAACUCAAAUUACUGAGAAAAGAAUUGCGAAGGAAGGAUAAUAUCUUACAAAAUCUAGCAGCCAAUAAAGAUAUAGAUUUUGAGAAAUUGUAUGAGAAACAUGGCGAAGAUGAUGCGAUAACAAUGUAUCUUACAGAAAUGAAAGCUCUGCAAGUGGCAUAUAAAAAUGAAACAGAGGAAUGGGAGAAACAGAAGGAUUCACUGAUUCAAGAAAAUAAUGAAUUGAAAGAUGAGAUAGAUGGUCUUAAAAAGCAACUAGAAAUUUAUAAGAAAAAUUGGCAAAUUAUAGAAGAUGGAGAUGACGAAGCACAGAGAGCUUUCGUGGCAAAAACGAGAGAAUAUGCGGAUGCUACUAACGAAAUAAUAGUUAUGAACAGGAAAAAUGAUAGUCUUCAACAAUUGCUUAACAAAGAAACUAAUAGAUUAUAUGAAUAUCAAAAAGAGAUAAUUAAAAAAGAAGGUUAUUUUAAUAAAACACUUACUGAGGCAAGCAAGUAUAGUAAAACGUUGCUAUCAGAAAUUUCACUCUUGCAGAGUAAUUUAUGUAAUUCUGUGAGUGUAAUAAUACAUAACGAAUUAAAAGAGAAAUAUGAGGAGCUGAGUAUACGUCAUCAUGCUUUAUUAGAAAUUGUAAUAGUAUCUCCUAAUUCCAAUGAAAUAUCUUCUUUGAAGACUGAAAUAGAGGCAAUAAGACAAGAGAAAACUCAGCUUAUUGAAGAUUUCCGGAAAGUGGACGAUUGCGGGAGCGAUGAUAGUUUGCAACAAAGACUGAAACAGAUAGAAGCCAAGGAGUUGACUGAAAGACAACGAGCUGAUCAGAUGGCUAGGUUACUCGAUAUAUCACAAACGCAGUUAACAAAGUAUGAAGAUAGUGUUAAACAACUUUCUAAUUCUAAUUCUGAAUUGCAAGAAAGAUUGAUCGAGGUGCACAAGACAUUGUCUGAAAAGAUAGCUCUGCAGGAAACUGUACAAACAGAUGAUAACCGUAUACAGGAAUUGCAAAAGGAAAAAACGCAACUUUUUAUAGAAAAUGAAAGUUUAAAAAAAAUGCUACAAAUUUCUGAAGAGGAGGCUCGAUUGCAAUAUUCGCUGAAUUCACUGCAAACAUUGGAAUUGGAUAGUCUUAGACACCAAAUAUUGGAUUUGCAAGCUGUAAGUGAAGACAAGGCCACAAUCUCGCGACUUGACUUUGAGCUUACAAGUAAAAAGAUAUCAGAGAUGGAACUAUCUGCAGAGAAAACGCGAUUGCAGAAUGAGUUGUCUUGCGUGCGACAAGAGCUUGAUAAUUCAAACAGGAAAUACGAGGAAAUGCGUGGUUACGUGCAAGAUUAUCGGAAACAAUGCGAUAGUCGUUGCAGAUAUUAUAUAGAUAUUAUAUAUUUUUUACAAUGCCAAUAUGUGGGCUCAACAUCCAUAAGUGCUUUAGAAAAAGUAAUUACAUUGGCUGCAAAAUUAAAAAGAGACCGUCAAAAUAUCGAUGAAGAAAUGCAAAAGACGAAAAACUGCCACGAAGAUGUCAAAUACGAACAGCAAUGUUUAUCCGCUCGCCUUGAAAUUGUUGAGCGUUUGAAAGAUAUGUUGGAACAACAAAUUGGAGCGGGUAGUGUUCAAAACAUAAUGGAACAUUAUGCCGCAACUUCACAGCAAACUCUAAGUGAUUUUAAAUACAAAAGAAGAAUAGCUCAUUUGGAGCAUGAACUCCAAAUUGCUAAUAGCAAAUUUAACGAAUACGAAUCAGUGAUAAACAGCAUGGAACAGGAUAUGUUAAAUAUUCAGAAAGCUUGGUGUCCACAACAAGAACAUCAAACUCGAAUAACUACACCAAAUUUUGAGACAAAAUUUACUCAAGUAACGAUGGAAACUCAAGUGGUUAGUGUUCAAACGGAUCCUUACAUUUGCUGUUUAAAUGGAAAAGUAAAGGACACCAAUAAGGAAACUGUUGUUUCGAAAGAUAUUCAAAAAUCUAUUAAAUUAAAUGGAACUACGGAGAAAACAUACCGAGAAGUAGGAAAUAAUACAGAGGAAAGUGCCAUCUCAGAGAUCCCUAACGAGCAGAUGGAUCAAGCAUUGAAACUUGCAUCCGAACGCUCCGCGAUGCUUGUCAAGUGCGAAUCACAAUUAGCCGAGUAUAAAGCAAAAGUGGAUGCUCUAAAUAAAGCGAUAACGGAAAAGGACUCACAGUAUCGAGCAAACGUGGUUACUUUAAACAAAGCAAUUGAGGAAAGAAAUGUGCAGUAUCAAACAAGAAUUGACACUUUGAACAAAGCGAUUGAGGAAAAAGAUUCGCAUCUUGCUCAAAAGCAAAGUGUACAUGACGAAUUAGUGAGCCAGCCACGAGUUGCGAAUACUGAUUGUGCUGACAAGUUGGCUCUGAAAUCGACGAUAAAUAGUUUACAGAAAUUAAUUACUCAAAAGGAAGAAACUAUCUUAAGAUACCAAAAUUUAUUGAAAGAAGACAGGGACGAGCAUAGUCGGGCAGCGAGUCGGUUUCAGGAUGAAAUUAAAAGUUUGCACGAUCACAUAUUAGCUAUGCAAGGUAAAAUCCGAAAAACUGAAGAUCCGGUUGUAAUUAUGAAAAAUGCUUUUGAAAAAACACCGACGUUUGAUGAAACUGCAACGAGAAGCAGUGCUGCGCAAGAAGAAGAAAUUGCGAGGCUGCGUGAGAAGGUAUCCACUUUUGAAGCAGAAUUAAAUAUCAGCAGAGAACUGAGCGAACGUUGGCAUCGAUUAGCGGAAGAAAGACUGAAGCAUAUGGAUCGUAUGAGAGAAAGGUCAGAGCAACAACAUAAAAAUGAAUUGGAGAGUUAUCGUGGUGAAUUAAAUAAGUGGCAGUCCGAGGCUGACGUACUUAGACAGCAACUGUCUGAGAAUCGCAUGUUACUUACAAAAGGAAACAUUUCCUUGAUGAAGGAGCUACAAGAUAAAGAUGAUAAAGUACACGAGUUAACUCUCGCUUGCCAACAGUUGGAGAAUGAAGUUGAAUUAAUAGAAUCUGCAAAUCGACCUCAUCAAAUGAUAGUUCAUAGUCGAGGCGAUAUGAAGGUGCACGAAAUAACGCACAGUAGUCAUCGUGAUCAAAUGCAACAGCAAAAUCAAAUGGAUGUUUUACGUCGACAGCUUCAGUCUUUAAUGGAGAAGGAGAAAAUGUACAAGUGCGAAAUAACUGAUUUGAAGCAGCAACUAAGUCGCAGAUACAUGGCAGUAAAAACUCAGGAAAAAAAGACAUCGCAACGUGAAACGCAGCUUGAGCGCAAAGUGGCGUCCUUAGAAGAAGAGUUGCAUAAAACAAAAACUCAAUUAGAUCGUGAAUAUUUGGCACAAGAAGCUAAAAGAGCUAAGACUGCAGAAGAACUUUCAUUGUGGGAGAAACAGAAAAAAUGGCAGCAAACGGCAGAAAAAUUAAAAGAAAAGCUUAAAGAAAAGACUGAUGAGUAUGAGAAAUUGCUUACAAAUUAUGAAAAACUCCGAUCUGUUGUUUCGUGUAUGGAAAGAGAAAAAUGGCAUUUGAGAAGUAAACUUAAACUUGAGAGCGAUACAAUAUCUGGUACUUCAUCAGGAAGACCCAUUUCAAAUAUCCAGUCUAACGUAGAGGAACAAUUAGAAAAAGAAUGUCGAUUAUUGAGAGAACGCGUCAAGGAAUUAACUGACCGUUUAGAAAAAGAAAGCAAUGAACAUUUGAUGUUGGAAAUAGCGGAAUUGAAACGGCACAAUACAGCUUUGGAGGCAGUCUCUCAGGGUAAUACAUGUGUAAUCAAUCAGCUUGAGAAAUUAGAAAUGACUAAAGACGUUCUCGAGAAAAUGAAUCUUAAGUUAGAAAGUGAAAACUUUGAGCUACGACUUGAAUUGGAAAAGUCAAACUCGGAUGCCCCAGGAUUGCGAGAAAAAAUCGAACAUUUGGAGAAGUACAUAAAAUUAUUAAAAGUGGAAAAGUCUUCUGAUUCCACUCCUAGAUCGUCGGAAAAAGAACUGCCAGAAUCAAGCAAUAAAAAAUCUACCUUCGAAAUGGAGAAAACAAUAUUCACAUUGAAACGAAUUAUUGAAAAGCUUCAGGCAGAAAAUAAAAGAUUGAAAUUUAAUUCCAAGAAAAAUCAUUUUCUAGUCAGUCAAGGAAAGACAAACAUUAUCGAAGGAGACACUUUAUUCCAAAGACAAUAUGAAGAAUCUCAGACACGCGUGGUAAGUUUGGAGGCAGAUUUACAACUAGCUGAGCAAAGGAUAGCUAUGUUAGAAAAAGCUCAGAAGGAGGAUGAUAAUGGAGAUCUCCGAAUCUUGAAACAACAGUUAAGUCACAAAUCGGAGCUUCUAGAUAAAGUGAAGCAGUUGUUGACACGGGCCGCCAUAAAUGAGAAGACACUGCGACAACGCGUGCAACAGCUGGAAUCUAAACAAACUCUGUCAACAAUUCCAGAGUGUUAUGUGACUCCACCUACGCCACAGUAAUGAGUGUUUUGGAAAUAAGCUUCAUGGAUUUGCAAUGAAGGAAAUACAUUUUUAUUGAGUUACACACA